CUUGCUCUGUGUCGGCUGCUAGCACCUCAACCCUUUAGCUGCUGCGAGCGCGAGUGUGUGCGCGCCGCUCCCUCCCUCCCCGCGAUCUCCCUCCGAUGUGCAAGGUGACGGCUUCUUCAUCCUCCUCAUCCUCAUCCUCCGGGCAUCCCUCUGCCUCCGCGCGGAAAUCGCAUCACUACUACUACCAUCGCCGUCACUACUACUGCCAUCGUCACUACUACUGCCGCCGUCACUACUGCUACUGCUGCUGCUGCUGUUGUUGUGGUUGUGAGACUAUGAAGGUGUGCGCGUGGCAGAAACUGAGACGCUGCGUGUGUUGUUGCAGCUGCGAGGGAUGCAAGGGCUUCUUCAAGCGCACCGUACGCAAGGAUCUGAAGUACUCGUGUCGCGAGGACCGCAACUGCAUCAUAGACAAGCGUCAGCGCAACCGCUGCCAGUACUGCCGAUACCAGAAGUGUCUCGCGAUGGGCAUGAAAAGAGAAGCCGUGCUGGAGGGAGCGACAGCGCGUGAGGAGAAGAACAGAGAACGAGGUGGAAGAGCACGACGAACCCGAACUCGAGAUGCCAUCGAGGCAGAUCCUCGAGCCGAGCUGGAGUGGUCGCCACCGAUGCCAUUAGCUAAACUUGAAGCCAUCUGGUAA